AUGACGCGGUAUAGCCAGAUAUUUCUGGCUUUCAGCAGCCUAGCCUCCAUCGCCCAGGCAGACUGGCGAUUCCGCUCACGGCCCGAAUUCGCCGUGCCCCGGCUCAACAUCACGGUGCCCGCCGACAAAACCGCCGUGGAAGAGGGCUACAUCUUCAUCGCCCCCUACGAGGGGUUCGGCGAAGGCCAUACGGGGCCCGUGCAGGCCGGCGCCUACAUCUAUCGAGACGACGGCGAACUGGUAUGGUCCGGGCUAGGCUACCACGCGGGUUGGGUGGCCAACUUCCGUCCCGUCACGUGGAACGGGCAACCGCACCUCCGCGCGUUCCAGGGCCGGCUGGAUCAUGUGCAGGGGCGCAUGUUUGGCUUCCACACUUUGCUGGGAAGCGACUACGAGGUCGCCAAGGUGGUGACGGUGGGGUCUCACCGGCUGGUCUCAGCCCACGAGUUCCACGUCGUGGAUGAAAAGACGGCGCUGAUCGAGACACCGAUUCCCCGAACCGUGUCGUUGAAGCCCUGGGGCGGCGACGAGGGGCAAAACUGGGUAGUGUCGGGGGUUUCAAGCGCUUUCCCUCUAGACUUUGGUCCGGGCCUGCCAGGGGACGGCCGCACUGAGACGGAGGCCUGGAAUUACUUUCACAUCAACAGCAUCGACAAGGACGACGAGGGCAACUAUCUCCUCUCAGCCCGCAACGUCGCCGCGGUUUUCAAGAUCAACGGCACGAGCGGCGAGGUCAUCUGGCAGCUGGGCGGGUUCCACGGCGGCACGACGCGCGCUUCCACGGACGCUCCGAGGACGGCACGCUCGAGUUCAUCUCUCUUCGACAACGGAGCCCAUUCCGCCGACGUCAAGACCCACCCUCACUCCCGCGCUCGCUUCUACGAGCUGAACCGCGCGACGGGCGAGGCCCGGAACAUCCGCUCCCUGGACGCGCCCGACGCCUUGUCGGCGCGCACGCAGGGCAACGUGCAGCUGCUCCCCGGCGGCAACGUCUUCGUCAACUGGGGCCAGGCCGGCGCGAUAACCGAGUUCUCCCGCGACGGCGCCGUCAGCUACCGUGGCUUCAGGGCCAACUGGACGGGUACCCCCACCGAGGAGCCGGCUGUCGUCGCCGUGCGCGACGAGCAGGGGGCACAGGGGGCGCUCGACGUGUACGUCUCGUGGAACGGCGAUACCGAAACGAGAACUUGGCGCUUCUUUGGCAGCGACGCCGCCGACGGCGCCGCGACGCGGUUCGUCCUGUUGGGCGAGGCCCGGCGCCUUGGCUUCGAAACGCAUGUGGCACUCGCAGGGGCACAGGGCGCGUCGCGAUCCAUCUCGCACGUCUCCGCCGUUGCGCUCGACGCCCAGGGCAAGCCUCCCCACCGCACUGGCCAGGAGGAGCUUGAGCAGUGGGUUGGUGAACUGUAG